UAUAACUAAAGAAAGGUAAUAUCCUUGUAAUUAGAGUCUUUGUACAAUCUAUAAAUCCCACCUCCCAUGUAUAUCAAAAGCCCACCACAUCAUCUUCAUUGUCUCUCUCUCUCUCCCCCUCACUUCCUCACACACAAACUCUCAGAAACAGACAAACUAACAUCAACAAAGAAGAAAAUGUCGACACUGAAUCAUCUCUUUGAUCUCCCUGAGCAGAUUUGUUAUGUACAAUGUGGUUUCUGCACUACCAUUUUACUGGUAAGUGUCCCAUGUAGCAGCUUGUCCAUGGUGGUGACAGUGAGAUGUGGGCACUGCACAAGCCUUCUCUCAGUUAAUAUGAUGAAAGCUUCGUUUGUCCCACUGCACCUUCUAGCUUCCUUUGCUCAUGAUGAUGAGCAGCCAAAAGAAGGAGCAGUUUCAGAAGAAGUGGGUGGCCAUAGAAAGACCUCAGACAGGCGCAGCCCAUCGUUGAUGAGCUCUUCCGAUAAUGGAGAAGAAGAUAUAGUCCGUGUGAAUCCCACAGUCAACAAGCCGCCAGAGAAGAGGCAAAGAGCUCCAUCAGCUUAUAAUCGCUUCAUCAAAGAAGAGAUCAGGAGACUGAAAACUCAAAAUCCCAACAUUCCGCACAAAGAAGCCUUCAGCACUGCUGCAAAAAAUUGGGCCCACUUUCCUCCUAUUCACAAGCACAACAAAGGAGAAGGAGAGAGUUGUGAGCAGGACGAGGGAGAGGCGUCAUGGAACGUAGAGGCUACUGAGGUUCACAUACAAGGCAAUGAUUUCCGUGAAAGAAAAGCCGCAAGGAAUUCCAUAUGGACCAAGUCACCAUUUGAGUGA